UACUUUGACCAUUUAUUACUAAAAAAAGACACUUGAGUGAAUAAAUUUCUGGGAUCGAGGAGAUUAAUAGUAAGCACAUCAUCAGCACUCAGAUCUAGUAAAGAGUUCCACUAAUUCACAUUGGGUCAUUGACCAGAAAACACAGAGAGAGAAAAAAAACAUGGAGGACUUGGCGCAUCCGUACGUUCCGAGAGAUCUGAAACUGCCGGGAUAUGUACCAAUCUCCAUGUCCAUGUCUUCCAUUGUCGCUAUCUACCUCGGUUCUUCCCUCCUUGUUGUCUUCCUCGUCUGGCUUCUCUUCGGGAGGAAGAAGAAAGCUAAAGUUGAGAAAUUGCUUAUGUGUUGGUUUGCAUUCUCUGGUCUCACUCACAUCAUCCUCGAGGGCUAUUUCGUUUUCUCUCCUGAGUUUUUCAAGGACAAUACUUCUGCUUAUCUCGCUGAAGUCUGGAAAGAAUAUAGCAAAGGUGAUUCGAGAUACGCAGGUAGAGAUUCUGCAGUUGUAUCUGUUGAAGGGAUCACUGCUGUUAUCGUUGGCCCUGCUUGUCUCCUAGCUAUAUAUGCUAUUGCUAAGGAGAAGUCGUAUAGCUACGUGCUUCAGCUUGCGAUUUCGGUUGGCCAGCUCUACGGAUGUUUGGUUUAUUUCAUUACUGCUAUCUUGGAAGGAGACAACUUUGCUACAAACUCUUUCUACUACUACUCCUACUACAUCGGGGCUAAUGGAUGGUGGGUCUUGAUACCUUCACUCAUUUCUUUCCGUUGCUGGAAUAAGAUUUGUGCAGCUGCAAACAACAACGUUGAGAUUAAGACGAAGAAGAAAACCCGUUGAAGCAAGGAUCAAAGAAUCUUCUUCCAACAUUCUACCUAGUGAUCAUCUCUUUAUCUCUUCAGGUUACUGCUAUUAUAGCAAUGAACAUGAGUCUCCUUU